AUGAGUGUUGUGAAGAGAGCCGUGCUGCUGACGCUGCUGCUGGCGGCGAUCGGCAGCUCGGCCGCGGCGGGCCCCGAAGACUGCCACGGUGUGAACGUAACGCUGCAAACUAAAGAUAUUCACAAGAUUUUCGGGGACUGGGUCCUGGUCUGGUCCAUCACUGACCACGACCAAGGCAACGCGCUGCUUCAAAACGUCACCAGCUCCCACGUUGAGUUAAGACUCCGCGAUGACAACAAGACGGUCACAUGCACAGUGAGGAACAUGCACACACACCAGGCAUGUGUCACCUACACCAUCAACAUGACGAUGCCCACUGACCCGCUGGACAGCACCAUGAUCAGCUUUCCUGGUUAUCGCAAGUUUUGGAAAACUUCGAGACUGUAUGGCUGCAGCCUGGAGCUUCCCGUCCUUUCAUCUCACGCCGCCCCCGCCUCGAAAACUUCUGUCUUUGGGUCAGUUCCAGUAUGUGUGUGUGUGCGUCUGUGUGUGUUAGCCAUGGAGCAGGACGGACUUCUUGAGGUGUACAAUGAGAGAGCGGCUGUGAAUUUCUUCGAGACCUGCCCCAACUGUCUGUCGAUGGUCUUCAAUGACAGCGCGGGACGAUUCCUGCUCAACUACAGGAAGGAGGGGGAUCACCGGGAUGUUGAGAAGUUGAAAGCAGACCACAGCGAUCACCACAAACUGGCCGCCUGUCUGGGAUUCCCCGCCAACGUCAACCCGUUCAACUACGACGGAGCUGCAGAUUUCUGUCAUAAGAAAUCAUCUGCGGCGAGCCCCGAACACUGCCACGGUCUGAAUGUAACGCUGCAAACAAAAGACAUGCACAAGAUAUUCGGGGACUGGGUCCUGGUCUGGUCCACCACUGACCACGACGGAUACCAAGCGCUGCUUCCAAACGUCACCAGCUCCCACGUCGAGUUUAGACUCCGCGAUGAUAACAAGACGGUCACGUUCACAGAGAGGAACAUGUACACCCACCAGACGUGUGUCACCUACAUCAUCAACAUGACGAUGACCACUGACCCGCUGGAAAGCACCAUGACCACCUUUCCUGGUUCCAUGGAGAAGGAUGGACUUCUUCAGGUGUACAACGGGACAGGAGAUGUGAAUUUCUUCGAGACCUGCCCCGACUUUCUGUCGAUGGUCUUCAAGGACAGCAGGGGACGAUUUCUGUUCAACUACAGGAGGGAUGGGCAUCACCAGGAUGUUGAGAAGUUGAAAGCAGACCACAGCGAUCACCACAAACUGGCUGCCUGUCUGGGAUUUCCCGCCAACGUCAACCCGUUCAACUACGACGGAGCUGCAGAUUUCUGUCAUAAGAAAUCAUCCCCGGAGGUGAAGCCAGAAGUGUCCUGAGUGAAGACGUUGGAGCAAAACAAUCAUAUUUCAGAUAUGACCUCCACCAAUACAAUAAAAGCAAAUACUAAAACCUG